GUCUGUCUCUCUCUUUAAUUAGUCUGUGUUAUCAACCAUGUGUUUAAAAAUAUUUCUGUCGGAUAAAAUACAAUUUAACUAGAUUUUUCUAUAAAAUAAACGAUAAAAAAACCAUUUUAUAACCAUGGUUUCUAAAAAGAAAAAGAAGUAUUCUUCUGGAGAGGGUGCCCAAUUUAUGACUAGAAAGGCAGCACUUAAAAAGCUACAGUUAUCAUUAAAAGAUUUUAGACGAAUAUGCAUCUUAAAAGGCAUAUACCCUAGAGAGCCUCGCAAUCGUAAGAGAGCACAGAAAGGUGCUGGUGGUAUUAAAACCUUGUAUCACACAAAGGAUAUAAAGUUUUUACUUCACGAACCGAUAUUAUGGAAACUUCGGGAGUUAAAAGUAUAUCAACAAAAAAUUCGAAAGGCUCGUGCUAUGAGAGAAUUUCGACAGAUGAGGAAGUAUUUAAGGGACUACCCAGAUAUAAAUAUUGACCAUAUUGUUAAAGAAAGGUACCCAACCUUUGUGGAUGCACUACGUGACCUAGAUGAUUGCCUUACACUAUGUUUCUUGUUCAGUACAUUCCCAUCACUAAAGAGGGUACCUCGAAACCAAUCUUUGCUUUGUAGAAGACUUACGGUAGAGUUUAUGCAUGCUAUUAUAGCAGCUAAGGCACUUCGUAAAGUAUUUAUAUCUGUAAAAGGAUACUAUUACCAAGCCGAGCUAGAAGGGCAAACUAUCACGUGGAUAGUACCUCAUCAUUUUUCAUUCCAGCCACAAAGCAAGGAUGAAGUAGAUUUCAAGAUAAUGUCGACAUUUGUUGAAUUUUACACAAUGAUGCUUGGGUUUGUGAAUUUCAAACUAUACCAUUCUCUCAAUUUGGUUUAUCCGCCUAAACUAACUGCAGCAUUUUCUGACACUGAUAAAGAACUUGUUGAUGAACAAGCCUAUGUAGCAGAAAGGAUAGCUGCUAUGAAUAUACCUGUUAUAAAAUUAGAAGGUGCUAAUGAGGUAGAGGAACUACCAGAAAUAGACAUUUUUCAAAGUGAAGGAGAAGAUCCACAGAAAUUGGAAGAAGCUAAACAAGAAGCAGAGAAAGUGAAAAAGUUAAAAACCAUGUUUAAAGGAUUGAAAUUCUAUAUCAACAGAGAAGUCCCUAGAGAACCAUUAGUAUUUAUCAUUCGAUGUUUUGGUGGGGAAGUAUCUUGGGACAAAGACUUAUUUGUUGGAGCUACUUUUGACGAGUCAGAUGAAUCAAUUGCUUAUCAGAUUGUAGACAGGCCAAACAUGGAUAAACAAUAUCUGUCCCGUUAUUAUGUCCAACCACAAUGGGUAUUUGACAGUGUUAAUACAAGGACAUUGCUUCCUAUAAGCAAAUAUCUCAUGGGUGCUGAAUUACCACCUCACUUGUCACCAUUUGUAGAUAAAACCAGGGAUCAAGUAUAUAAACCACCUGAGGAAAGAGCACUUCUGGAUCCUAAUUUCAAACCAUUGAAUGAUGAUGAAGACUCUGGAAGUGAGAUAGAAGAAGCCAGUGAUGAGGAUGAAGAAGGCAAAGAUGAUUCUGAAGUCGAAGAUCCUGAACAAGCACUCACUAAGCAAUAUCAACAAGAAGUAGAAGAGGACUCCACUUCUGAAGAUGAGGAUGAUGAUAUAGACCCCGAAAAGAAGAAAUUGAAAAAAGAAAAGAAAAAAGCAAUGUCCGUCACAACUGGUGUACCACAUAAAGAACAUCCUUAUCAAAAAGAAAUUGAGGAUAAACAAGCGUUUAGAUUGCGAGAGAAGCUUGUAAGAAAGAAGUACAGAAAUCUUUACAAGAGCAUGAAAGCAGGUCAAGAAAAGAGAAAGAAGGAAAUAUGGCUACUACGUAAAAAGAGACGCCUGCAUGACGAAAAAGUUAAAGAAGCUAAGAAAGCAGAAAAACAUAAAAAGAAAAUACAGGCUAUAGAAGCUGCUUCUGCUUAAUUGUGGUUCAAAUAAAAUAUCUAUCUUAACAUUGUGUUUUAUUAGUAUAAAUAUAAUUAUCCUAUUUACAACAAAUAAAAUAUACAAUUAUAGCUAACUAAUGAUAAAUUACAAAAUGUAUAAAAUGUUAUCUGAAAAAAUUGUCUUGUUUUGCAGUAGUGCCUAAAAUUUAAACUAUGUAAAUCAUUAUGUAUGCUGAUGGAUAAUUUGAUAUAUAUAGAUCUAUAGUUUUGUCUAUUGUAUAAAAUAUUAAUAACAAAUAACUCCAUUCCCAAUUAUAUCUCAGUCAUCUGCAUUGGCGUCACUAUCACUCUCGGCAUCGCUAUCUUCCAGUUCUGGCAUUGGAAAACGGAGAACGGCUGCAAUCCCCGUUAGUUGGUCAAGCUCUACAAAAUAUGAAAACUUAUAUUCCUAUAUAAACUUUAUUAUCUCAAUUUUAACAGAGCAAACACUUCUUAAUAUGUCCUCUACAAUUUCAGAUACACCAUAUAACCACAUAAAAUUGAAUCUUCAAAUCUUGUUUGAUAUUUAAUUCAGAACAUAUGCAGUAAUCCAAUUUUGUUACUAUGCAACAAGAACUAAAAAAACUUUUCAAUUACAUCAAAUGAUUCAAAGGUAAAGAGUAAUUUAGAUAAGCACUUGAUGAAGUAGAAAAUGAAGAUUAGGAAACAAUAUUACUAGACACUUACGUUCACCAGAUACAUGCAUACUAGAAAAAAUUCUAACAUCCCCACCAUUCUCUCGCACAGAAUCCACCAAUGCCACAUAUUCUUUUCUCUGUUGGAUAUCUUGACA